AUGUCGAGUAUGCUUGCACGAGAGCUUCGGCGCCAGUACUCAUACUUCCCUCCAGCCAUUACCCCACGCCGCAUCUGUACUCAUCAACAUCUCCAUCCAGUUUCUGCAGAACUCUGUGGCGAUCUUCUUUCAGAUGUGAAGGAGAUAGUAACCGAGGCUAAAAACCAUCAGCGGUAUCAAGAACAACGCUUUGACAGUGUCCUUGCCCAGACGAAGCUUGCAACAGACUUGUUGAUGAAUCCUCGCAUGAGGCCUAGCUACGACCACAACUACCAUGCAGACAAUCUCUUUCUUCAAGAAUUUCCCUGGCGUUACAAGCAAGGAGUUGGUCUCAGCACCGAUGAACACCGCGAAUACAUCAUCGAUGUUUCCGUGGUACUGAAGCGAGCAAUGCUGACGCUCAACCAAGAAUACAAGGGUAUUUGUCCAUGGUCCCUCAUGUUCAAGGUUGACCAUACCGACCUUUGUCCACACCUGCCAAUCUGCAAGCACAAGCAGCAAUACACUCCGGCACAGGUACCUGCAGAUCAUCAACGCCCUCCUGGUGGUACCACUGAUGCUAUGGGUUUCUGCCAUGAUGAGUUUGUUGUCUGGCCUGGAAAGAAGGUUCCUGAUGGAUGUAAGCUUAGAAUUUACUGUAGGCUCAGACACCAGGAGGAUUGUAGUCAGAAGGAGCAAUGGGAUGCCAGCAUCAUUUAUGUAGCGGCUUGUCUUCAUAGGGAUGGACUUUGGGAUUAA